CUUUCGCUGGAACCAAAAAACCCAGCUGGAGACCCGACGCCCCCUCUUCCGACCUCGUCUCUCCGCCUCGAGUUCGAGCGGAGCCGGUCUCUAGGUCGACGUCCGCCUCCUUCGCCUCCUCUCUCCGCCUCGAGGUCGUUCGUCGUCGAACGUUGUUCGCCGCCUCGAGCUCGGAUCUGGUUCUCGAGCUCGAACGCCCGCUUCGCCGCCGCCGUUCUCGGGCUCGGUCGCCGCCGCCAUCACCUCCGCGGCCUCCUCCGCUGCACCGCCUCCCAACCCAGGAUGAAUUUUGCUUCGGAAACUCAAAAUGGGGAAGAGUACUCUCAAGAUGGUGAGAGGGCAAAAAAGGCUAGGUGUGACUAUGUAGUAUGGUCAGAGCAAGAGAAUAGAGAGCUACUAAGGCUUUUAGUGGAGGAGGUGAAGAAUGGCAACAAGAUGGAUAAUGGCAACUUCAAGAAAUAUACCAUCACACAAAAUGUGUUGCCAUUCAUGAAUGCUAAAUUUGGAAGAACUUUUAAAUUUGAUCAUGUCAAGAAUAAGAUCAAAAGCUGGAAGAGAAAGAUUGAACCAAUUGAAUUACUAUUGAGGAACAAUUCCGGGUUUGGUUGGGACCCAAUAUCUCAAAGAAUUACUUGCUCUGUUGAGGUGUGGGAAAAUUACAAACAGGCUCAUCCUAAUACACCAAUGCUUAAAGAUAAGUUGUUUGAAAAUUUUGAGGAUAUGCAGAUGGUUGUGGGUAGCCACUCAGCUAGUGGGAGAGCAGCUGGAGGCUUAGGUUGUGAGGGUGUAGAGAGUGCGCCAUUACAUAAUGCAUUAGGUGAGGGUAUAUUGGAUGAUGACAUUGGACUUGAUGCUAUGGGUGAAGCAGAACCUACCCAACCACCAGUAGAUCCUCCACCACCUCCCCCUUAUAGCACGCCAGGUCCUACCACUCCCGUGGCUGAAUCUGUUCCAUCAACCUCUAGCACUAGCAGAAAUGUUCGUAGAGCACCUCCCCGCACCACCACCUCUGCAUUGUCUCAACCCGCCGUGCAAGAAAUGGCGAGUGGAAUUACAAUUAUAAGUAAGGCUUUACAAGAGUUAGUCACAGAGGUGAGGUUGUUGCGAAGCCGCAACCAACCGUGGGUCGAGGGAGUGGCUUCAAUUCCAGAAUUUACCGAUGAAGAACGAUUGACUGUCCUUAGUCAAAAUAUUUCCCAAGACGUGAAGGAUAUGUUUGUGAAGAUGAAUGAUGAUCAAAGGAGAAGGUUUAUGAUUUGGCGUCUGACUGGAGUAUUUCCAAAUGACGACAAUUAUGCUUAUUAAUGACUAUUAUGUUAUAAGCUUUUGGGAACAUAGAUGUUGUUAGUUCUAUGCUUUUGGGAACAUAGAUGUUAAGCACAUACAUGUUGUUACUUGUAUGCUUUUGGACUUAUAUGCUGUUGGACUUAUAUGUUGUUACAUGUUGUUAGUUAUAUGCUGUUGGAACAUAGAUGCUUUUGGACUUAUGUGCUUUUGGGAACAUAGAUGUUAAGCACAUACAUGUUGUUACUUGUAUGCUUUUGGACUUAUAUGCUGUUGGACUUAUAUGUUGUUACAUGUUGUUAGUUAUAUGCUGUUGGAACAUAGAUGCUUUUGGACUUAUAUGCUUUUGGGAACA